AUGUGUGACGCGGGGGUCUACGUGCUUGUGAACACUUUUGAGGAAUUGGAAGGGAGAGAGGCGGCAGCGGCGCUCUCCAUCAAAGGGUGUCCAUCUGUGUCAAUAGGCCCUCUGUUUCUCCAUAACUUUUUGAGAGGGGAGAACUCAACGCUGAGCAACAUGUCUAUGUGGGAGGAAGACGAUAGCUGCUUGCACUGGCUCGACAAACAAAGCCCGCGCUCUCUGUUGUAUGUUUCGUUUGGCAGCUUGGCCCUCAAAUCGCAAGAGCAGUUGGAUGAGCUGGCGCUGGGUCUGGAUCAGAGCGGGAAUGCCUUUGUAUGUUUCGUUUGGCAGCUUGGCCCUCAAUAUUGUUUGACAGAGACGGCAUGA